GCUUAUCCUAUUUCGUUGUCAUGGAUCGAGCAUGUCACAUUUAUAGCAUCUACCUAGCCACGUAAACCCGGCAACUCCUAGCGAUGAGACACGUUUCCGACACUCUACACGUGGCAAACUUGCAGAGCAAGAGAGAAAACAUGAUAAAAGGACACAUGCAAAGAGAAACCGAAGCAAAUCAAUCCAAAAUCACAUAAACGAGAUAAAUCGAUAUUCGUAAUGGAGACGAAGCAAGAGCAGCAGCAGCAGCAGCAGAACAGGAAGCCAGCAGCUGGGGCUAGCGAAGCCAAGGGGAAGAUAGAGGAAGGUCUGCCAAUGAAGGACAGUCCGUACCUGCAGUACGAUGACUUGGAGGAUUACAAGCGCCAGGCCUAUGGAACGGAAGGCCAUCUCCAGGUGGAGCCCGGCCGCGGCGCCGGGUCCACCGAGGGCCCCACUGUCUCUGGCGCCAAUGUCUCCUCUCAGGGUGAUAUCUCCGCCACCGAAGCUAUUAACCGCCAAGGAGUUCCUUAAUUAGUUUUAUUUUUAUUUUUCUUCAUAUAAAGUUUGAAUUUGGUAAUGCAUGUAUGUUUUAAUUGUGUCCAGAUCUAAUACAAAUGUUUUC